AUGGAAGGGCUUCGGCGGCUGAGCGGGUUGAAAUCGAAGAAGUCGAUCGGCCAAUUCCAACGUGUUAAGGACUUCUUCGACUUUCGACAAAUCGGUGGCGCGGAGGACACGCCGGCCCAGGACUGGAACGCCCAGGACAUCAUAGACGCCAAUGGCAACAUCGUCACCAUAGGAGACGUGCCCGGGUACGCCGAAGCCCUCGCUGAGAAUAUAACCACUGAAGCCUGGUGGUCCGGCGACCUCACGCCUGUGAACGGAUACUAUUUCUCGCCCAUACAUAAUACCCAAAAUAGCCGUGUAUACUGACUCGUCAUGGACAGAUGAUAUCGCCGCGUGUAUUAACGCUGCCAAAGCCACGAAAAAGCGAAACCCUGAGAACUACAUCUUCUUAGUCACUCACUUGUACUAAUGUAUGGAGAACCAGAAGCCGGUAAUCCAGGUACUUCUAUAAACACGAACUGGGAUUUUGCUGCUUUACAACUUCCACU